CAUCUCUUACAAACAUUGCAUGACUCCCUUCACAAAUCCAUCAAGAUGAAGACAAUAUCGGCAAUGACCCCCUGGUCCACCCUCACGCUCCUCUCCACGCUCCUCCUGCUCUCAGGAUUCUCGGCAACUUCAGCGUCAGCGUCAGCCUCACCAUCGACACAAUUCUGCACAACCUCCACAAAACAGGACGUCAACACAGAUCUCUGCUUCGCGGUCGCCUCGUCUCAUAAUGAGACGACUGGUGCAAAAGACCUCUCUCUCCAUCUCUCCGCCCGUUUCCCCGACCAAAACACAGGAUGGGCGGCCGUAGGCAUCGGCUCCCACAUGAAGGGCUCGCUGAUGUUCGCCAUGUACCCCUCAUCCGCAGACGACUCUGUAGCCUUCUCAAUCCGGACAACAAACGCGCACACUGCUCCCGUGCAUCUCUCAGCAUCCAGCUUAGCAGGCAAGAAAGGCCCCGAUGUUCACGUGACGCGAAAAUGGGUCGAUGAGAACGGAUACAGCAAUGUGCAGGUCAGCUGUUUUGGGUGUGAUAGAUGGAGUGGAACUACGCUUAAUGUGAUGAGUACGAAUCAGAGCUGGAUUUGGGCGUGGAAUGGGAAGCAGAUGGCUGGGAGUGCGAGCGGGAAGAUGGGGUUGCAAAAGCAUGAACAUAAAGAUAAAGGGGUCGCGCUCCUCGAUAUGAGCACCUCCUACGUGCCGUCCGGCGACCUACCCAUGGCCCAAGUAUCAGACGCCAGAGUAUCAAUACCAGCAGCAAAGGAAGAAAAGCCCAAAAUACACGCCCACAGCCCCUUCGGCUUGGUCUCCCUCCAUGGCUUCAUUCUCUCUUCUUCUUUCCUUGCCCUCUCAAUCGGGCUUCUAGCAAUCCGCUCGGGCUUGGCGAAAUCCUUCAAGUAUCACUGGGUCAUCCAACUCGUUGCAUCGGGGUUUAUCCUCAUUGGUUGCAGUAUGGGACUCAUUCUUACGAUUAAACACGGCGGUCAUUUUAGGACGACGCAUCAGUGGCUUGGGAUGUUACUAGGACUGGGAGUUGUGGUGCAGAGCUGGCUGGGUUGGAGGCAUCACGUGAUUUUCGUGAAGAUUGGGAGGAGGACCGCUGUCUCGAAUUAUCAUGUUUGGAUCGGUAGGGCUCUUGUUGUGAUGGGGAAUGUGAAUGUGGCUUUUGGAUUGAAACUUGGCCAUGCGUCAAAGACAAAGUAUAUGUUCUGGUCAUCGGGCGUUGGGUUACAACUUGCGGUGUUGAUCCCGAUGUGGUAUUUCUGGAGCAGAGGGAAGAAGAUCAUGGAUAUCGUGGGAGCGAAGGAGAGUAAUGACGGUGCCGAGAGGGGAGAGUAUGUGGAUGUGGGUGUCGAGGAAGAGGCGUUUCUUGUUGGAGACGAGGAAGAGAUCGAACUUGACGAGGAGCAACACCUGCACGACAAAAAAGAGGAUUUGGAAAUAAAGUGAGAUUUCGUGAGAACGAUGAUGGUUUGGGGCUUACGAUGGCGUUUUCAAAAGAAGAGUAGAUAUUCAAUACCAUUUGCACAUCAAGACUGCAG